UUCUAGGGAAGCAGGAGGCGGGCCUGCGAGGAGCGACUCCCCGAAAGGAAGCCCCGCCCCCGGGGGGCCCGGGGCUGACUUUUCUGAUCACUGCUUCUCUACUCGCGGGCGGAGUCUCCAAACUCGUGAUGCUGCGGCCCCGAUUCCCAAGCAGGUUUGGAGAAGUGAAAGUCGCCUGGGGUCGGACGUGCCCCAGCUCGUGACCCAGCGGCCCGCGGUCCCGACGCAGAUUCCUCCACUCCAGGCCCAUGGCCACGCUGAGCCCGCUGCUGCUGGCGGCGCUGCUGUGGGUCCCUGCAGGCAGCCUGACCUGCUAUGGAGACUCAGGGCAGCCUGUGGACUGGUUCGUCGUCUACAAGCUGCCGGCCCAAAGUGGAUCCGGCGAUGCGGCGCAGAGAGGGCUGCGGUAUAGAUACUUGGACGAGCACUCAGGGGGCUGGCGCGACGGCGCAGGGUCCAUCAACAGCUCGGAGGGGGCGGUGGGGCGCAGCCUGCUGCCGCUGUACCGGAACAAUGCCAGUCAGCUGGCCUUUCUACUCUACAACGACCAGCCGCCCAAACCCAGCAGAGUUCUGGACUCUUCCAGCCGGGGGCACACAAAGGGUGUGCUGCUCCUGGACCAAGAAGAGGGUUUAUGGCUGGUCCACAGUGUUCCUCGCUUCCCUCCACCUGCUUCCUCCGCUGCAUACAGCUGGCCUCGUAAUGCCCAAACCUAUGGGCAGACACUGCUUUGUGUGUCUUUUCCCUCCGCCCAGUUCCUGAAGAUUGGCAGACAGCUGACCUACACCUACCCCCUGGUAUAUGAACACAAGCUGGAAGGGGCCUUCUCUGAGAAAUUCCCUGAGCUGGAGAUGUUGAUCAAGGGCCACCAUGUUCGCUAUGGACCUUGGAACAGCAGUGUAACACUCACAUCAAAGGCAGGGGCCACUUUCCAGAGCUUUGCCAAAUUUGGAAACUUUGGAGAUGACCUGUACUCUGGCUGGUUGGCAGAAGCCCUUGGCAGCAGCCUGCAGGUGCAGUUUUGGCCAAACUCUCGUGGCACCCUGCCUUCCAACUGCUCUGGGGUCCACCAUGUGCUCGAUGUGACCCAGAUAGCCUUCCCUGGGCCAGCUGGGCCAGACUUCAAUGCCACAGAAGACCACUCCAAAUGGUGUGUAGCCCCAGAAGGACCCUGGGCCUGUGUGGGUGACAUGAAUCGGAACCUCAGAGAGGAGCACCGGGGCGGUGGCAUACUGUGUGCCCAGCUCCCCACCCUCUGGAAGGCCUUCCAGCCUCUGGUGAAGGCCUGGGAACCCUGUAGGGAAGAAAGCAGGAACUUCUCUCCAGCAAGCCCAGGAGAGCAUACAAGAGCUAACCCUUAAUUAUGUCCUUGAUCUGACUGUGACUCAGCCUAAUCAUCUGGGAAAUGGGAAUCAUAGCACCUGACGCUGGAAUAUUGAGGAAUAAAGGCAAAUCGAUGAAUGGGGUUAUUAACCCCUUUGUCAGGUGAGCACUGAUCUCUGAACAGCACUGCAGCUCCCAGAGGGCCUCUUGAGGCAACUGAGCUCCAAAGUGGUACUGCAAGAGGGGGGCCACCUAAGACUCACCUCCCUCUUUGGUAACCAGGACUGGAGUUCUGCCCCUGAGCAGAUACAGGGCCACAAACAUGUUUUAUAGACGGGGUGAGUACAGAAAGGUCACGGAGCACGGUCGUACUUUAUUUAUAUGUGUACAUAUGUAUACAGGUCGCUGUACAGCGCAGGGCCAGGAGUCCUCUCAGCUAUGGGCUAGGUGGUGUGGGUCAGGGUGCUCCCUUUUUGGUCAGGCCUGCUGGGGGCACAGCUUCAGCAGGGCACCGGGAGGUCAGCCCCACCUCAGGUUUGGUAGCAGGAACCAGGAGGGAAGUCGGUGG